AUGGCUGCAAAUGUGAGGGUCUCGGGCCCGCCAAACGGCCAUUUCUUGGUGGGCUAUCCAGGGAUUGCAGCGACUUUCCCUCGUGUGGAAGGUCGAGUUGAGAUCCGACCUGGAGUCGGUGUCACCGCGCCAGUCAAUAUAUCACUUGUCACAGUCCUCCUACAACGGCGCGAAUCAAUACACCCCGCUGCAGAUAGCAUGUUGAGGGUCCGGCCGUCGGCAGUCCGGCAGGAAAUCACAGAUACCGUGGGAAAAGAGAUGCUAUUGUUCCGAUGUCCACCUGGAAAAGAGGCGGAAUCAGUACUGUGCAUGGAUCUACCAUUUGUCAUAUUCAUUCCAUAUGGUCGCGGAGGUGAGGAGAUCGCGCGGAGGGUACCGCCAGCAUCACUACAGCUGGAGAAGCGAACGGCCGAGACCUACUACGAGAUUGUGGUCACUGUACAACAAGGGCACCAGGAUCAGAGGAAACACACAUUCCCCAUUCCGAUCACGCGAUAUGACAUGCUUUCGACUUUCGGCAUGUACAAUCGUCCCGAGAGCGCAGAGUGCACGACGGACAACAUCGUCACUCUGGGCAUCAGCCUGCCGCGGUGGAGCUAUGGACCUCUGGAUCCCGUCUCGGUAUACAUUAAGAUUUCACCGAACAACGACUGGCUGAGCAGGGCACGCCGAGUGACGAUCAACUCUAUCACAGUGGCCAUUGAGGAAGAGAUUGUUUACAAUCAUGAAGGUGACGAACCACAACGGAAGACCAAAACACUCGCCAAGCAAACACAGACUGUGAACGUUCGUAUGCCAGAGGCGGGAUACAUGACGAAUCUCGGACUGGUCUUCCCGGCGCGCGAGCUUCGUGACAGCGAGGGUAUCCUUCCACGCAGCCGGAACGGCUUUCCUAUGUACCGCAUCAGCAGCUUCACGACGACGUGCACGUUGUACAAAAUUGAGUACUUCCUCACCGUUCGGGCGAACCUCAAAUCCGCACGAGACAUCGUUCUGCGGCAACCGAUUGUCGUAUGUCCAUUCGACCAUGCUAGUUGCAAGGAAGAAAUGGAAGGCAUCGAGAUCGCUGCCAAGGACCGCCGGACCAAUCCCGACAACCCAAUGUUGCCUGCUGCAUCUAUCAUCAAGGCGAACGACCCUGCUGGAUUACGAGCCCUGGGUGUGGCCGUCGUCGGUGGCCAGAGAAAACUGCUCAUCGAAUGA